GUCCCAGCCUUCCCUCGACAUCACCCCCACCCCCUGAACAUUCGGAUUCUGGCUAAGUCCUUCCUCCUUUGGUGAAGGGGAGGGGGAGGACGGACGGGACUGAACGGGACACACGUCACUGUCCCCUGGGCCAGGAGAGCGAGCUCCACCCUCCUCCUCUGGGCACCAGCUAAGUCCAACCCACCCCACCCCGAGCCAACCCAGUCUCAGCAGCCAGCCUCCAAAGCCACAGGCAGGUGCAGGGGCAGCCUCCGUGAGAGCCCCGGGAGAGGAGCCGUUAGCGCGCCCCGUCCUUUGCCAUCCACUCGUCGGUCCCGGCGACAGUCGUCCGUCAGUCUUCGCACGGCAGUUGGUUCUCAGGUCCAGCGGCCUCGAUCCCUCGUCUCCCAGCCCCCGGAGCUGCCCGGCAGAGCCGGUUCAAGUCCAGCAGCCAUGUCCAUGGGCCUGGAGAUCACCGGCACGUCGCUGGCCGUGCUGGGCUGGCUGUGCAGCAUCGUGUGCUGCGCUCUCCCCAUGUGGCGCGUCUCGGCAUUCAUCGGCAGCAGCAUCAUCACGGCGCAGAUCACCUGGGAGGGCCUGUGGAUGAACUGCGUGGUGCAGAGCACCGGGCAGAUGCAGUGCAAGGUGUACGACUCGCUGCUGGCCCUGCCGCAGGACCUGCAGGCUGCCCGAGCCCUCAUCGUGGUGUCCAUCCUGAUGGCCGCCUUCGGGCUCCUCGUGGCGCUCGUGGGCGCCCAGUGCACUAACUGCGUACAAGACGAGACGGCCAAGGCCAAGAUCACCAUCGGGGCGGGAGUGCUUUUCCUGUUGGCCUCUCUGCUCACCUUAGUACCCGUGUCCUGGUCGGCCAACACCAUCAUCAGGGAUUUCUAUAACCCACUGGUGCCUGAGGCCCAGAAACGGGAGAUGGGAGCCGGGCUGUACGUGGGCUGGGCAGCCGCCGCAUUGCAGCUACUAGGGGGCGCCUUGCUCUGUUGCUCCUGCCCACCACGCGAUAAGUACACGACCACCAAGGUCCUCUAUUCUGCGCCGAGAUCCACCGGGCCUGGCACCGGUACCGGCACCGCCUAUGACCGCAAGGAUUAUGUCUGAGGUGCCGGGUGCACGCAGACCGCACCAUCACCACUACCAGCAGCCGAAGCACCCCCCAGUCCAGCUUGCAGCCAUGCGUCGGAGACCACACCACCUUCCAGAUGGUUUCAGACGCCACGCAGUCUGCUUGCUAGACUGGAUGAGGACAGAUAGCCUGGCAACCCCCCUCUUCCCUGGCUGCCACCUGACUGCCGGGCCUAGGAACCGUCCAACCCGUCUGGACAAAGAAACCUCACCCUUCCCGAGUACAGGACUGGGGUGGCCACCGCAGCUACUUGCCAGCCCCGUCCUUCCGCAGCCGGAAGAUUCACAGUGGGCAGAGACAGGCAACCAUAAAACGGGCCGUUUCAUAUUUUUCAAUAAAAACCUUUCAUUUUUGCA